GCCGCCGCUCUGCGCAUGCCCCGGCGCGCGGCGCCCCGCGGCCGGCAGGCGACGCUGCGGCCCCGCUGGCGGCGGCAGAGGCGGAAGGAGGCGGGCGGCGGCGGCGGCGUCUCGAACUGGGAGCUGCGGUUGGCCAAGGAUCAUGUGCUGUUUCCUGCUGAGCUGCAGCACGACUGACUCCCCACAAGUAAGCCAGUGCAGACACCGAGGGCUCCUGGGGAGCCGGCCAGCACCAGCAGCAGCGUCGGGCAGGGGUGCUGGGCCCCCUGGGGUGGCCCAGCAUGGGGCCAGCACUGGUGCUGUGGGCCUGGUUGACACUGUGCGUGGUGAGCAGAGAGAGCCCAGCGCCCAAACCGAUCGCAGGUGGCCAGCCCUUCGCUGUGGUGUGGAAUGUGCCCACGGGCCGGUGCUGGCACCGCUUUGGUGUGGGCCUGCCCCUUGGCACCUACGGUAUCGUGGAGAACCUGGACGGCCACUUCGCCGGCCAGAACAUCACUAUCUUCUACAAGAACCAGUUUGGGCUGUACCCGUACCUGUCCCGCCAGGGCAUCCCCCGCAAUGGGGGCAUCCCCCAGCGGGUGCCUCUCCGCACCCACCUGGGCAGGGUGGCAGGUGACAUCCGCCUCCGCCUGCGGCCUGCUUUCCACGGCCUGGCUGUGGUGGAUUGGGAGGAGUGGAGACCCCUCUGGGCUCGCAACUGGGGGGCCAAAAGGAUCUACCGGGCAGCCUCGGAGCAGUGGGUGUGGGACCGGCACCCCUAUCUGCCGGCCCCACAGCGGCUCCGUCUGGCCCAGGAGGAGUUUGAGCAGGCAGCCCAGGCUAUCAUGGAGCAGACACUUCUGCUGGGCAAGACCCUGCGCCCAAGGGGUCUCUGGGGUUUCUACCGCUUCCCAGACUGCUUCAACAACAACUGGGUCAAGGAGGCCAACUACACAGGCCGGUGCCGGCCAGCAGAAGUGCUGCGCAACAACCGGCUCCACUGGCUCUGGGCUGCCUCAGCUGCCCUCUACCCCAGCAUCUACCUGCCGCCGACGCUGCCACAGGGUCUGCGCCACCGUUACGUGCACUAUCGGCUGCGCGAGGCCCUGCGCGUGGCCACCUUCGGGGCCACAGGCCUCCUGCCCAUCAUCGCCUACUCACGUCUCUCCUACCGCCGCUCACCCCGCUUCCUGGGGCCGGUAAGGGCCAUGGCAGGCUGGGCAGGGUUGGGGCUGCGGAGAGGGCAUUGGUGGCAGCAUGGCAAGCUGAGGAGGGGUCUGCUCACAGCAUGCGGACAUGGCACUGUUGGUGGGGUGGUGGUUACGCCAAGCCUGUGCCCUGGCCAUGUCUCUGCCUUGCAGGCUGAUCUGGUUCACACGAUCGGGGAGAGUGCGGCACUGGGGGCUGCUGGACUCGUGCUCUGGGGAGACAUGUCCUACUCGCGCUCAGCUGAGAGCUGUGCCAGCCUGCGCCACUACCUCGUGUCCACCCUGGGGCCCUAUGUGGCCAAUGUGACGGCAGCCACCUGGGAGUGCAGCUACAGACAGUGCCACGGGCACGGCCGCUGCGUGCGCCGGCAGCCGCACGACCUGGCCAGCUUCCUGCACCUCUCAAACCGGCUGGAUGAGGGCCUGUGGGCACCCUUCCGCUGCCACUGCUACCGUGGCUGGACGGGCAAGGGCUGCACCCAGCGGGCCAAACCCAGUCCCAGCACCUCCUGUCUUGCGCCCACCCAUGCCCACAGCUUCUAUGGGCACAACAGCCUCCCACCGCCUGACACCUGCAUCCCACGGGGCACUUGGGGCCGGUGACCACGGCUGGGGACCACUGUGGUCCCCUUCCCCAGCACACAUGGUCCCAUGCCCUGGUGCCUAAUGCUGCCUGAUGUCAAGGGCUCGUUACUUCCUUGUUAAUUUAAAUAAAUCCUCUUGCCAGCGUGA